AUGGCAGCGGUAGACCAGAAACGCCCGUGUUCUGAGAGGUUCCGAGAGGUUCUGAGAGAGCUGGAUACCCUGGAGGUACCUCCUCUCACCCCGACCAGUAAAGAGGUCCUCAGCCAGGCGGUGAAGGCCAGUUUUGCUGGAUUUGCCCAGGAGAGAAUCAACCAUCACUUCCCAAAGGAUCCUACCUUGUGGUCUGAGUGGGAGGUGAACUACUGGCUGGACUGGUGCCAAAAUGAGUUUGGUCUCCACUGCCUGGGUUCAGACCUGAGAGGCCUGCAGGGCAGUGCGCUGUGUGGCCUGGAAAGAGAUGCUUUCCUGAGCCUCAUGUCUGACUGCACCGCAGGAGAGAUCUUGUGGGAGCAUCUGGAGACCAUGAGGAGAGAGGAUGAAUAUGACUCGACUAUACCAUCUUACUGCCAGCUUCUAAUCAACAAAGACUUUGCUCAGGAACAUACAGACAAACACAGUUACCAUGUUCAGUAUUAUCCUACUGAGAGGACGGACCUUCUCACUCUGCAUCCUGUGACGGUUGAACAUCAGGACUACUAUCUGAUAAAGACAGAAGAUCCCAGUAGGAACAUGGCCGCUGCUGCUCCGCAGCAUGAAUCAGGGGCCAGAGAGACGGACUCAGAAGCAGACAUAGCGCACAGUGACGACACAGAGAUUGUGGGCUCUUUAUCCUGGACCGCUCCCCUCCAGGAUCUAGAGCAAAUGACGGAGGAGACCAUGUCUGGGGACGUCUUUACCUUACCACUCCAACACAAGAGCUUCAGAGAAUACGUUGGCAACAAAACAGAUCUGGGCAGCGCCGUGAUACCAGCAGCUAUCCUUGCUGGAUACACUGGAAGUGGUCCUAUUCAACUGUGGCAGUUUCUGCUAGAACUUCUCACAGACCGCAGCUGUCAGUCAUGUAUCAGCUGGACAGGAGAUGGGUGGGAAUUCAAGCUGACGGAUCCUGACGAGGUGGCCCUGCUGUGGGGUCAGAGGAAGAACAAACCCAAGAUGAACUACGAGAAGCUGAGUCGUGGCCUGCGAUACUACUACGACAAGAACAUCAUCCGCAAGACGGCUGGCAAACGCUACGUCUACCGCUUUGUCUGCAACCUGCAAGGCCUGCUGGGAUAUGAGCCCGAGGAGCUUCACGCCAUGUUGGACAUUGGUAACAAGAAUCGCUAGCGAACUCAACAGUAGCAACAAAGGGACACUUUUUAUAUGGGAUUCUUCAGUUCAUAACUUUUUAUCGGUUUCCUUUUGUUCAUGUAAAUCAGAGGCUUAGAGGAUGAUACAUCCUGUGUGUGUGGGUGUGGGUGGAUGUGGACAGUUUGCUCUUAAUACUGUAUAAGUUUUGAGUCUUAAUAGAUGAAUGGUAGCACUUUAUCUUGAUUGUAAUUACAGUCAAACAAUAAGACAAGCACAUAAAGCCACGUCAUUUACUCCUCUGAGAAUACAUACGACUGGUGGAGUUGGUUUCCCAAUAUACAACCAACAAUAUAAGCCACCAGUUAUUUCCAGUGAGAAACUAAUAGUGAGAGAAUACCGUGUUUUUAACGGAGAUCAUGUGUGGCCGGACUAAUGGAACCUAAUUGAUGUAUUCACGCUCGCUCAGCCUUUCACUUCACCUCGGAUGAGAAGUAGGCUGUGUGUGUGGGUGACUAGAAUAGGCGGCUCCUGCAGCGAAAUCAAGCGCCCAGAUCUAACAUCUCCCACCUCAUAAGGCUUGUUUAUGGAUUUAUUGCCCUCUCAAUUCCUGGUACACCAGGGGAUCCAUUUCUGCUUCUGUUGAUUUAAGCAUGAAUCUUUUCAGUCGGACCCUGCAAAGCAUGUUUAUGGUGUAUUCUCACAUAAGUAGAACAGACAAUUUGUGAUAGAACGUGUCUGUUGAGGUUAUGUUAGUGUGAUGCAAAAUAGAAAGCUUUUCCUCUACUUAUGUAUCAGUAUUUUCUUUUUUCUUUGUUUCAGCCCCAGUAUAAUGGAAUAAUUGGAAUUUAUACUAUAGAUCAGGGGUCA